AGAAUCAGAAAAGAAAGAAAGAAAGAGAGAGGAUCAACAAGUGCAUGUGCUUCAGAUGCAACCGAACAUACGGCAGAAGAAGAAGAUGAUAUCGUGGCAAAGUUGGACGUCACCUCCGAUAAAUGUGAUCCACUCCUGGCGCUCCAUUCCCCUACAGUUCCUCUCCCAUACACCAACGUGAAGUGCUUCAACAACAUAGCCGAGUAUGAGAACUUUCUGAAAGGGGGAUGGGGCCGUGCCAAGGAGAAAAACGUGGAGAGAAAACUGAGGAAAUCCAGGAAAGGUGUAGCGGAUCCAGAGAGGAUAGAGAAACUGAAGAGGAUGAUGGUGAACAACCCGGCAGAGGGAGAGGAGGGUACCAGCGGCACUGCCCGGCGUUGUAGAAUGCACAAGAAUGCCCUGACAAGGAUGCAACUCCAUACAGGAAGCCCUCUGGAGCUGUACUGCUGCGUGGAGGAGAGGAUACGGGUGAAAGUUCACAUCAGAACCUUUAAGGGGCUCCGUGGUGUGUGUUCUGGCUUCAUAGUGGCCUUCGAGAAGUUCUGGAACUUGGUGAGAGCUCAGGUAGAUGAGACCUACAGGGAACCCCUGCUGGGUGAAGCUCUCUACCACGAGAAGGCCCUCACUGUCACACGGCUCAAGCUGAAACUCCAGGAGAGUGCGGCUCUGAGAGAAUGUGAGAAGAAGCAGAUAGACAAGAGAAAAGCUGAACCUCCCCAGGGUAUGGAGGGACCCAUACCCUCCAAACUCAAAUCAGAGACAGCAGAUGAGGGGACCCCAAUAGAGGGGACCCUAGGGCAGUGGAUCCCCAACUUGCGAGGACCACAGUGGGGCCCCCAGUGGGUGAUGACCCAGGGGCCACAGGUCAUCCCAAGAUGGCGUAGAAGUCAGACGUUUGUCUUUGUCUUAUCCCGUGUCUUAUCCUGUGUAAAUAGCAGUUUUUUUCUCGUAUAUAUCUUAUUCUCACUUUCUAUCUACAAACUAAAUAUACUUUCCUGCAACCUGCCUCACCCAAUGUGGUACAGAUCUGCUAUUUUAUUCCUUAUAACUGGAACCUCCAUUAGGAGCUGGUCAGCUAACUAGCUACUAGUCUUUGUUAGCCAUGGCUAGUGGUCUUCACCUUUAGCUCGGUCACCAGCCAGCCUUAGCUUGGACAAUACCUGCCAGUCUGCACAGCGCGAUAUCAACCCAGAGCAUAUCGGACUGCUUAUCUCUACCACAUCACCGGAUUCCUGCCUCUCUGGAUCAUUACACCGGAUCAUCGCGAGUGGCUACUGUUAGCUAACGCCUCUGUCCCGAAGCAAGCACCAGUUAGCCUUAGCUAGCCUCGAGCCAGGCCCAUAUACCAGCUA